AAGCGGAAGGCGCUCCCGAGGCCGCCCCGCUCCAAGGAGCCCGCAGAGACAGCGACGGCCGCCGGGACAGCUCCGCUCCCCGCCGCAGCAGGGACUGCGAGGAGCAGCUGCUGUGACACCCGCGGAUGUCCUGUGAGGCUCCCGCCAGGGUCUGAGCGGCAUCACCGGAGGAGCACCGUGCCUUGGAACUCGCGUGCUGCGGUGGGAAGAGCACGGCUGUCUCAUGCCCGCCACGGGCAUUUCAGUUCUGUCACAGGAGCCGGCUGCACUCCUGCCACAUUCAGCAUUAGCAGAGCAGGCAGUCCUUCCAUCCGCUGUACAGUUACUAAAAUCAUGGUACUCCAGUCAUUAAAAAACUACCUUUGGCUGUCCUGCACCCUCAGGACUCCAAAAGCUUGCUUCUGGAGCACAGCUAGUGGAGGCCUCAUUAUCCAGUCUGUUUCUAAUGAUGUUUACCAAAAUCUAGCUGUGGAAGACUGGAUCCAUGACCAUAUGGAUUUAGAGAAGCAACAGGUCCUUUUCCUUUGGAGAAAUUCCCCUGCUGUGGUAAUAGGGAGACAUCAGAAUCCCUGGCAGGAAUGCAACCUCAGGUUAUUGAGGCAAAAAGAUAUAAAACUAGCCAGGAGAAGAAGUGGAGGAGGGACAGUUUACCAUGACUUAGGUAAUAUCAAUUUGACUUUCUUCACAACCAGAAAAAAAUAUGAACGAAUGCAAAACCUGAAGCUUGUGGUGAAGGCACUGAAAGCCUUGCGGCCCCAGUUAGAUGUACAUGUCACUGACAGAUAUGACAUCUUGCUAGACGGGAAAUACAAAAUCUCAGGAACUGCUGCAAAGCUGGGACGGACAAGUGCUUAUCAUCACUGUACCUUACUCUGUAAUGCAGAUAAGUUUGUUUUAUCUUCUGUGCUAAAAAGUCCUUAUAGAGGGCUAAAGAGCAAUGCCACUCCUAGUGUGCCUGCCUCAGUGAAAAAUUUCUUUGAAGAUGAUCCUAGUUUAACUUCUGAGAUGCUACUGGAUGCCAUUGCUAAAGAAUAUGCUGUGCAGCACCAGAUAGAUCACCAUAUCACCUUAAUAAAUCCAGCUGACGAGACUCUGCUUCCUGGAAUUAGUAGCAAAACUAAAGAACUACAAACCUGGGAAUGGGUGUAUGGAAAGACACCGAAGUUCAGUGUUAGCACAUGUCUUAACAUGGCCUAUAAAGAUUCUGUUUUUGACGUUAAAGUAAAUAUGGACGUAAAGCAUGGGAGGAUUGAAGUCUGUAACAUUGAUCUGCCAGAGCAGUGGCUGCCACCAGGACUGUACAGUGAACUGGUUAAGAGUCUUACGGGCAGCAAGUUUUGCCCAAACGAAACCACUGCGCUUGUGACAACAUUGCUAAGAGUGUGUCCACAAGACAAUGAGUUGCACAGCAGGUGGAGUCUACUAUGUGAGAAUAUGAUAAGAUUAAUGUGAUUUGCAUUUUGAAAAUACAAGUUAAACUUCUGCUGCUUUUUUAUUUAAUGUAUUGAAAACAAAAUUAAAACAUUCACUAGUAAGGGAAAAAUUCAGCUUGUAGAAAACAAA